CAAACUCUUCAGGACUUCCAAACAUCAAGAAUGGAAACCCGGAUGGCGCCCCGCGCCCUCCUUUGGCUGCUCACCGACGCCCUAGUCCUGACCCAGAUCCACGCGGGCCCGCACUCGCUGAGCUGUUUGGGCACCGCUGUUUACCGUCCGGGUCAGCAGAAGCUUCGUUUUGUGGGAGCCGGCUACGUGGAUGACACGCAGAUCCUGUGCUACGACAGUGCGGCAGUGAGUGGGAUGGUGAAGCCUCGGGCUGCCUUCAUGGAGCUGGAGGACCGGGAGCAUUUGGAGCAGCAGACAAGCCUGGUCAGGACUAUCAUGAAGGUUAUCCGAAGGGAACUGCAGAUCCCGCUCAGCUACUACAACCAGAGCAAGGACAGUUCUCACACUGUUCAAGUGUUGUUCCGCUGUGAUGUAGGGCCAGACAGGCGCCUCCUUCGCGGGAACUAUCAGUACGCCUAUGAUGGCCAUGAUUACAUCUCUCUAAACACGGACCUGAGCUCCUGGACUGCAGCAGACUCAGUGGCUGAGAUCACCCAGCGCAAGCUGGAGGCCGCUGGAGUUUCGAAGGAGUGCAGGUUUUUCUUGGAGGACAAGUGUGUGGAGUGGCUCUACAGGUACCUGGAGAAGGGGAAGGAAAAUCUGGAGCGCUCAGAUGCCCCCAAAACAAAAGUGACCCAUCAUCCCAGACCUGAAGGGGACAUCACCCUGAGGUGCUGGGCCCUAGGCUUCUACCCUGCGGACAUCACCCUGACCUGGCAGAGGGAUGGGGAGGACCUGACCCAGGACAUGGAGCUUGUGGAGACCAGGCCUGCAGGGGAUGGAAACUUCCAGAAGUGGGCAGCUGUGGUGGUGCCUUCUGGAGAGGAGCAGAGAUACACAUGCCAUGUGCAGCAUGAGGGGCUGCCUGAGCCCCUCACCCUGAGAUGGGAGCCUCCUCAGCCCACCAUCCCCAUCAUGGGAAUUAUUGCUGGCAUGGUCCUCUUUGGAGCUUUGGUCACUGGAGCUGUGGCUGCCAUGGUGAUGACAAAGAGAAAGAGUACAGUAGAGUCUCACACUGCACUCCAGGCUGAUUUGGAACUUACAAUGUAGCUGUAAUGGAUCAUCUUCACCGUUACUGCAACUGGAUUUAGAAUAUUCCAGAUUUUUCAAUUUGGGGCAUGCCUGUGAGGGUGUUUCCAAAGAGCAUUAACUGAGGAGGGAAGAUCUACCCUGAAAAUGGGCAGUGCCAUCCUACAUGGUGCUGCAAACUGAAGGAAAGAGGGAAAGGAGACAGCGGACAGGAACCAGCAUCUCUUCUUCCUGAUCCGUGGAGACCUGUGGAGUCCGGCCACCUGCUCCAGCUGCCAUCAACUCCACCAGACUUUCCUGCCAUGAAGGGCUGCACCUCUUAAA